CGCCUUCCCAAGUCCCCGCGCGCGGGCCCUCCGGCAGGAAGCCAGGCCUCCACCGCUGUCCAGCGCGCUCGCUCUUUCCCUCCUUUCUUGCGGCGGCCAUGGCCCUGGCUUUGGCGUGCCUGCGGGUGACCCUGCCCUCGUGGUCGGCGGCUGCCGCGCGCCUGCUACAGAACUGCUGGGCCCGGCUGGAGAAGACGCUUCCCUCGGACCUUUCUGCCGGCUUCCCCGGCCCUUCCUGGGGACCAGCAAUGGCGGUGCAGGGCCCAGCUGCCCUCCUGCAGCCGCUGCCGGAAGCCAGCACUGGUGCAGAGACUCCCAGCUUGUUAGAUGGAGUUGUUUGGAUGGCGGCCCCCAAGAACAGACGGACAAUUGAAGUUAAUCGAUGUAGGAGAAGAAACCCCCGGAAGUUAAUUAAAGUGAAGAAUAAUAUAGAUGUGUGUCCUGAAUGUGGCCAUCUGAAACAAAAGCAUGUCCUUUGUGGUUAUUGCUACAAAAAAGUUCGUGAGGAGACUGCGCAAAUCAGAAGGCAGAUAGGGAAGCAGGAAGGGGGGCCUUUUAAGGCCCCCACUGUUGAGACUGUGGUGUUAUACCAAGGAGAAGUUCCCUUGGCAGAAGAUCAAGGCAAGAGAAUCAUCGAGCGAGACAGGAAGCGACCAACCUGGUUCAUCAGGGAUUGAUAAUUCAGGUGCCAGCUCCUUGAUUGCAUUGGAAAGAAAUGGGGCAGUGCGUUUCCAGCACAUAAAGAGAUUAAAAGCAGAGACCUAUACAAAACACCCAUUUCAUACCUACAGUUUUCACUUUGAAUUUGAUUUUCAUUUUCCACUGGGACCUUUCUGUGCCAAGAAGCAAGUUUCUUUGAUAACAAGACCCAGAAAGUGAAAUAAAAUUAUAAUCCAAAAAUAAACAGCCAGAAAUGGCUUAGUUCACUCUGGCACACUGUUUUCUGCCUGAAUGACAUGCAGCUGAACCUUUUAUAUGCAGAACUAAACGCUGGGAGAUGAGAGGGUCUAUCCAGGGUCUAGGGAGUAAUUCUGAGGUCCUAGCAUCAAUGCCUACUGUGCGCUGCUGGCUUCCAGAGGUGGAGGCAAAAGAGGCACCUGAAAGAAACAAUAGGGAAUCAUUAAAUUUGAAAGAACAGAUCCAUUUCCUCCAGGAGAGAAGCUCAAGAGGAAGAAUAGAAGCCUUGAAGACCCCAGUGUCUGACACAAAGGAGGCAUUUAAUGCAUGCUUACUGGAUUAGUUGAGUGCACCAUGACUGCCCUCAAGGUGCUAUGUGGGGCUGGUCACGAAAUCAUUUCAGAUACCCUACUGCCCUGGGUCAAAAAGACAUCAUCAUCGUCAUUUUUUGCAUGUGGUAAUUGCAGGUUAGGAUGCAAAAGUAAGCAUUACUUAAUAAUGCCUCACUUCAUCAUCAAUGUGAGGUUAACAAUUUUUACCCUAUUCUGCCAUUAAGUAUUUUUAUAAAAGGCACUGUUUUCAAGGGAUGUAAAUGCAAGAUUAUGUAAGAGUUGGCCAAGUUACCAAAUCAGGAUUGCCUUGAAGAAGGAGCAACCGGAGAUGAUAUGCAUUUUGUUCUUAAGGCUUGUCAUAACUGGUUCAGCUGGAGUCCAACUAUCUAAGAAGAGGAAUGUCUUUAAAAAUGAAAAUUAUCUUUAUUCAAAGUGUUUGAGAUAAUUCUCUUUCUGUAAUGGGCCCAUGAGAUUUUUAUCUUUUGGCUGUGGGAGAGCAAUCUCUAUAAGAAAAUAAAUGAAAGAAUGUUAAGUUUGAAUAGUAAAGCUAACUCAAAAGAGAUAUAUUGUUGAUGGCAACCCAAGAUAACAUACAACUUUUUUGAAAAUUCUAGCAUUUUAUUUUUUCAAAUUACAUGUAAAGACAAAUUUUAACGUUCAUUUAAAAAUUUGAGCUCCAAAUUUUCUCUGUCUUUUACCUCCCCCCUCUCUAAGACAGUAAGCAAUUUAAUAUAGGUUAUAUGCAUGCAAGCAUGUAAAACAUGUUUAUAUACUAGUCAUGUUAUGAAAGAAGAAACAGACCAAACAAAAAAAAACAUGGAAAAAAAUAAAGUGAAAAUAGCAUACUUAGAUCUACAUUUAAACUCCUUCAGUUCUUUCUCUGGAUGUGAAUAGCAUUUUUUUCUCAUGAAUCCUUUGGAAUUGUCUUGGAUUAUCGUAU